AUGCAAAAAAUAAUAAUGACCGAUGAGGCUGUGCAAGUAAAGGAAAAAUUUUUCGUGGCCGGACUAAUAACAAGUGGAGAAUUUCAAAAAUGUAGGUUUUUAGUCGUAAAAUUGCACAAUUCUUUUCCUGGGCAUUAUGAAAGACCCGAAAUAAGACCUAUGUUGAAUGUCGAAUGGGAGGAAUUUCUUACAAAGCUAAAACGAAGAUAUGGAGAUGGAAUGUGGGGUAUAACAAGGAGUGUGGUAGUUUUUAAUAACGACGAAUUUUUGGGCGAUGAUAAAACAUUAGUUAAUUAUGUUUUGAAAAAGUAUCAAUUCUCCUUUAGUUUUGAUUGGUACGAAGUUGGAAAAUGCCACCUGAUCGAUACUUUUCAAAAUAUUAUGGACAAAUUCAGAAAUUUAACAUAUAUGACGAUAGCUAUCAACGGAAGAGUGGUGGGAUCGCUGUUAUUUGAGCUUUACAGCGAUGUAGUACCACUAGCUUGCGAAAAUUUUCUGAAUAAGUGUAAAGAUCCUGUAGCAGGAUAUAGUGGAACUCCAGUUCAUAGGAUUGUUAAAAACAGUUGGAUACAAUGCGGAGGAUGGAACAUACCGGAAAAGCCGAUGCGCUGUGAAAACUACGUCGUACCGCACGAUAGAAGAGGAAUUCUUUGCACAACUAAUGAUGGCCGGCAUAAAAAUAACACUUCUCAGUUUUUUAUCACACUAGCUCCCACGCCUUGGAUGGACGGAAGAUAUGUGGCCUUUGGACAACUCCUGCAAGGCGAAGAAGUACUCAAACAUAUCGAAGCAGUUCCCACUUACUACGAAGCCCCUAAAUACCCCAUAACCAUCGAAUUGAGCGGCGAAGUGACAUUGGAUAGAAUUCCAGAUUACUUAACGUCCAACCAACGAGAAGAAUUCAAAGCGUUAUUGCCGAGCAUAUUCUUGGACAGCCUGUUAGGUCCGAGGUCAGACUAUGAUAAGGUACCAGAGCCGAUGUCCAAGUUCGAUUUGACCAGGUACAAGAAGGGAAUGUACGGACUGAGGACAGAUAUGAAGAGUUAUUUGCCGUUUGCGCACUUGCCGGAUUAUUUGAUGCCACAUGGUGGCUCAGAGAACGGAAGCGAUACAACCGCAGACGAUUUUCCAGAUAUUGCAAGUGUAGUUAAAUCAUAUGUUUAUCCAAGAAUAAGAAACUUUUUCCGAUCAUUUACUCUACCCAAUCUUAGUGAUACUACAGUGUAA